UCACUGCAAAUCCACAUUUAUAUCUUCAUCUCCUUUUUUUCUCCCCUAUCCUUCCAGCUGCUGGACGUAACAGCGGCAUGAUUCUCAUUCGCCAUAAGUCAUGCUCGCUGGCGUCUCUGGUCGGGCUUACUCUGCCCAGAGCCACUUGCCGAGCUCCACAGCAGUAUCGAUCCUCCAGCUCCGCAGCGAUCCCGCCUGCCGAUCAAGAAGAGCAUCAAUCUAAACCUCUCACAGGCAGCGCCAGGCUGUUUGCAGAUGCUGAAGCGGAAGAAAAGGUCACAUCGAAUGCUUCCAAUCGUGAUCACUUGCGAAUGACUCAAGGACCUGUUUGGACUGGAGAUGAGUCUCCUGCCGAUGCUGUACUGCGAAUGCUCGUGGACGCUCAUAAACCAUUGAGGAACGAGGGGGGGGUUAAACACAAUGCAGCUGACGAGAAGAUAAAGGGGUGGAUGAAAGGGCUCCAACUGGAGCCUAUAUUAGGUCCUGGGCCCUCUUUGCCACCUGAAGAAGCUCAAGAGAUUGCACUAGAGAGUGUGGAAAAGGAGAACGCGCAUAGAACAAAAAUACCCCCUCAUUUGCAUCGGCCUUGGCACUCUACCUACACAGGAGAAUACCAGACUGCUGAGACGCCAAAGGUCAAAUAUGGGGCGUUCACUAAUAAACGGACGGACGGAGACUCCCUUACCAACUUACUCGAACUUCAACUACCCCCGAAUGCGGAUAGUAAAACCCGUGCAAAGGUAAAGGCUGCCCGUAAAUCGACGAUGUUCAUGGGUAGAUUGGACAAAGCACGUGAAGGAGCAUUGGACUAUAAAUUGGGUCUGGGAGUGGAUGACGCACAUGUGGUAGAAACCGGAGAAGAAGGUGAAGUAAGUGAAGAAGGGCAGACUUUUAAGGGGAAUCGACAAAUAAAGGGUAGCAGUGUUUUGGGAGCUCAACGAGGAAGUGCCAGUGGUAUGAAGGCUUGGGCAGGUCUGGUAGAAGAUCGGAUAUUGAGAGCAAGAGAGGCUGGAUUUUUCAACAAUGCCAGCGGAAAAGGCAAACCGAUUGUUGCUGAUCCCGAGGCAAGAAAUCCUCACAUUGAGCGAGGAGAGCUUUUUAUGAACCGCAUCAUUAAGCGCCAGGGUGCUCUUCCACCGUGGAUUGAACUGCAGAACCUUCUUGACUCCAACCUCCGCUCGUUUCGCGCCACCCUCUUGACUACCUACAAGACCCAACUUGUCCGCAACAUCAUCUCUACGAACGCCCUUCAUCCUUUGCCUCCUCUGCAUGCGAUUCCUGAUCGGGAUGAAGCCUGGGAAGCCAGAGAGUUCAAAUUCCAUCAAGAAAAUGUUAAGCAGAUCAAUGAUCUCGUCCGUCGGAUGAAUGCCCAAGCUCCUUCACCUGCGCGAAGGCAUCUCAUCACUCUCGAGGGAGAGUUGAACAGAAUUAGGGGGAACAUGUUGAAGAACGAGGUUUGGGAAGAGAUUAAAAGGCGAGCGGAAGAAAGUAUCAACAUGCCAUAUCAACGGGAAAGAUCCGGACUAGCGGCAUUUAUUUUUGAAGGAGAAAAUUGGACGAAGUUAAAGAAUGCCACGAAUCGCUCAUUUGGGACGGUGGCUGUAUCUGGUACUGCGCCAUUGGCUAAUGCCAAUGUUAGUGGUCUCGAGGGAUCUUCAAAAGGAUACUCUGGGGAUCCAACAGGGGAUCAUUCGUCUGGGCCAAGCAGUUAUAGCGGAAGAGAUCCACGCCCGCUUAGACUGGUGGUCAUGGCCGGUGUAGGUGUCGGUGUCAUAAUUUACCUCCGCCGUCGACCUGUUAAAAAUGACUCGGCCCAUCUUAAUCCGUUUCACCACCAUCUACAGCCCACCCCGACUCCCCAACCUGAUAUCGUCGCCUCCUCUCCUUCGGAGCCGCCCCUUACUUUCAUCCGUAUAAUCGAGAUCUACAUCCUUGAGCCCAUUGGGACUUUCUUCCGCUUCCUUCAUCUGGCCUGUCUCUUUGUCCCCGUGAUUCUCUUGUCUCCCAUGCUUCUUGUAGGUCCGGGAAAACGACGUCGCAGCCGUAGUGGGCGACCGAUAAGCGAAGAAGAACAGAGUUGGGGGGCUAUCUGGUGGUACGGCUUUCUCGUCAAGCAAAUGGAACGCGCAGGGCCGUCUUUCAUCAAACUUGGUCAAUGGGCGGCAUCCCGAGCCGAUUUAUUCCCUGCAGAGCUAUGCGAGAAAAUGUCCAAACUGCAUUCAAAUGGAAGACCACAUUCUCUAGGGUACACCAAAAAGGUUAUGGAGGCUGCGUUUGGUAUGGGCUUUGAUGAUAUAUUCGAAGAGUUUGAUGAAGAGCCGAUUGGAUGCGGUGCUAUUGCUCAGGUGUACAAAGCCAAACUUCAGUCAAAAAUUCUGACUGACACCAAAUUAGAUGGAUUACCCAGAUCCACUGAGUCAGAUACAGCUAGUGUUGCCAUCAAAGUUAUUCAUCCCCGCGUUCGCAAAAUAAUUCGCCGAGAUAUCGCAGUCAUGUCCAU